AGCAUCGACACUUAUUAUCCCCUCUGCGCUGCAAACCCUACCCUUUUUCCUUCGCCGCUCGUUUUCCCUUCUCGUUCUCUCUACUCUUUUGUCAAGUAAAAAUGAAGGUGAUCGCUGCCUACUUGCUCGCCGUAUUGGGAGGGAAUCCUUCCCCUUCCGCCGAUGACUUGAAGGCUAUUCUCGGAUCAGUUGGUGCUGAGGCUGAUGAUGAUAGGAUAGAAUUGCUCUUGUCCGAAGUCAAAGGAAAAGAUAUCACCGAGCUAAUUGCAUCUGGAAGGGAGAAGUUGGCUUCAGUUCCUUCUGGUGGUGGUGCUGUUGCCGUUGCUGCUCCUACAGCUGGGGGCGGUGCUGCUGCUGCACCUGCUGCCGAGGCCAAAAAAGAGGAGAAGGUCGAGGAGAAGGAAGAAUCCGAUGAUGAUAUGGGUUUCAGCCUCUUCGACUAAGCAGGCAAUGCAAAUAUCAAGGCUUCUCAUAUCAAGGUUUUGUUAUAUGUUUUUGUUUCUGUAGUUGAACAUGGCUUUCGUUCUUCUUGGGACUUUUAAGUUUUGUUUGAAAAUUGUAGUUAAAGAUAUUAACAUUUCAGUUAUAAUUGUGGAUUUCUGGAUAACCACUACUUAUGGUUGAGUUUGGCUGAAUGACUCUUAAUAUUUCCA